GAGGGCUGGACCUGCGCGGGCUCGGACGCCUUGGGCUCCGCCUUGGACUGCUCCUUCGAGGGCUGGCUCGUCUGGGCGGGCUACGCCUGGGGCUUCGUCGUGGACUCGCGCGCGGGCUGCGGCUGCGGCUGGACCGCCGACGCGCGCCUAGACUUCUCGGCCGGCUGUAGCGACGGCUGGUGCUUCGGCGUCGAGGGCUGCGCCUCGGAGGACUUCUUCUCUGAGGGCUUCUCCUUGGAGGGCUUCUCCUCGGGCUACCUCUUCUAG